AUGUGUCGCGUGCGGUGCUCCGAACAGCUGAGCGGUACUAACGUUCAUCCGAAUAAAGAAAACAGCUUACGUCAAACUGUGAUUCUUAUUCCGAAACAGCGUAGCGAUCCGUGGGUGAACGCCUCCGCAAUUCUGCCGUCGAUGUCUGCCGGUGCCAUCUUUGCCGUCGCCAUGACGUCGUUCGUCAUCGCCAUCGACCGUCUGCAAGCCGCCGUCGCGUAUCCGAUCUGCUCGAUGGCGCCUGGUUUGGUCGUCUCACUGUGGAGCAUACUGUAUUUCAGAGAAAUUACGGGUCGCCGUAACCUGGUGCUGCUGUCGUUCGCUUAUGGCCUUACUCUAAUCGGGGUAGCGUUCGUGACGAUCUCCAAGGAAGUGUCGUUGUCUGGAUGA